GCAUUGCAUCUGCUGCCGGCGCGCUGCAACGGGACCAAGGCACCAAGCCAUGGCCAAGCUCCCGGCAUCAAUCACCCCGCCGGACUUUUAUGGCAUUGUCGAGAAAGGAAUCUACCGCUCCAAUAUCCUCCACCCGACAAACUUUUCCUUUCUCAAGACGCUCUCGCUCAAGACCGUGAUCGUGCUUUCGCCAGAACCACCGACCCGGGCACUCAGCACGCUCUUUGACGAGGCCGGCAUCAAAGUCAUUCACCUUGGAGUGCAAGCAUGGAAGCCGACACUUGGAUGGAGACCCGUCAGCGAGGAGCUCAUCAAGGAGGGCCUCGAGAUCAUUCUGGAUGUCUCAUACCAUCCGGCCCUCAUUAUGUGCACGUCCGGUCUUCAUGAAACAGGCAUUCUCGUCGGCUGUCUGCGCAAGCUCCAGGGCUGGAACUUUAAUUCGAUUGUGACCGAGUACCGUAGCUUUGCCGGCACAAAGUCUCGCUACGUGAACGAGCAGUUCAUCGAGCUCUUUGAUCUGGAUCUUGUGACUCUGCCGAUGAGUCUGCCGCAGUGGUUCAUCCGGCAGCAGCAGCUUCUGAGGGAGGAGGAGGAAGAGCUGCAGAACUCGCUGCCUCAGCCGGACUCGCACGAUAGCCCGCGCCUGCUCUAUCUCGGCGGUGUUCCAUCCAGGGCUGCCAGCGGGCCAACGACGCCGCGCCUGUUUGUCAAGAACGCAGCCGGACGCAAGGCCGACAAGCCCAAGAAGUCCAAGACUGUCGAGGACUCGGAUUGAAGCGACGUCCGGGUUUCUCGGCCAAAACCCAGCGAAUCUCCACUCGAUCGACCUGUCGGGGGGGGGAUCGUCGACCUGCUGGCUCGGUUUGGGUCACUCGUCCUUGCUGAUCGAGUUCAUGCAUUUGCUGCAUCGCUGUCGCAUCGCUGCUGCGUGGUUGAUGGCGGAUUGGCGAUUGGUGAUCCCAAGCCACGCCUGCGCCACACACCGCGGGUAUAUAAACCCGGCUCGCCCAGACCCCUCUUUGGCCAACUCAUUACAUAUUACUUCGAUCCGCUUAUACCACAC